GAAUGGAGAACUCUCCAAUGUGAAACUUUUUUGUCACAGUUUUUACUUGAGUAUUUUGUUUUGUUUCACAUAUUUUCAUUUUAUAUUUUCAUAAACCUAUCAAAUAACUAUAACUGUAUAGAUUCUGAAAUUUCCUGCUCAAGAUUUUCAAGUGUUUUUAGAAAAUUUCAGUAAUUAAUAUUUAAAUAAUACUUAAAUGGCUCGUUAUUUCAAGGAACAGGAUAUUGAUGAAUUCCGUGAAUGUUUUUAUCUAUUUGCCCGAUCGGGACAGAUAACUUCCCUCGAUGAAUUGACAGUAAUUAUGCGAUCUCUUGGUUUAUCUCCAACCAUCCAAGAACUGAUUGCUUAUUUAAAAAAGAAAGGAGGAAAAAUGAGCUUUGCAGACUUUUUAGAAAUUAUGCAUCAACAUUCCAAAGUCGAAAAAAUCCCUGACGAAGUCAUUGCUGCAUUCAAAGCGGCCGAUCCGCAAAAUACGGGAACUAUAUCUGCAAGGCAACUAAGAAAUCUAUUGCAAAACUGGGGAGAGGGUUUGUCAGUCCGUGAGGUUGAUAACAUUUUCCGUGAAGCAAAUGUGAACAACAAUAGUAUGGUCCGAUAUGCCGAUUUUAUAAAAAUCGCUUGCGCUCCAGUUCCAGACUACUAUUAAAAAAUCCAUGUUAUUUUAACUUGAUUAAAAGUAACUGCUUACGAAAUAUAUGCAUUCCUUAACUUCAAAUAUCAUUCAAGAUUAAAACAAAUAAAGCUCAAUUUUAUAUACAAUAGAAAA